AUACGAUAUGGUAUCACUAUUGAAAUACAAACUGCUAUUGCCACAGAUAUCAGUGGACAGUUUGUGUUUAUCGAAUUCAAUAAAUCGUUUUUUAUUGAUUUAGAUAAUUUAUUAAUACCCAAGAACAUAUUGACUAUUAUUAACUUAAGACAUGCUUAUUAUGAUUCAAAUUAUAGGGUUCACAUGCUUUCAACAUGUGAUGUGACAGUGAUCAAGCAAUUUCCUUCUGAAGAUUACUUGAAGCAAGCCAGAUCAAGGCUUGAAUCUUGGGUCAAAGUUAAUGGAUCAAUUCUUAGUGUUUAUGAAUCUAAUGCAAAAAAACUGUGUAAAUCACUUUCACCCUAG